UUUCCAACGCUACAACCCCUAUAAAAUUUAUCAAUGAUCACAGAUUUCAAUUAAUCUUUGGAAAACAAGGAAAUCAACCACACGCAAACUCAUCUCAAAGUUUACGAUCCAACUCGGAAGAGAUUAAGGGGAAUUUCUUUUUGGAGUUAUGGAUUUCGAGCUAAGGAGAGCAAGAGAGAAGCUUGAUAAAGAACAGAGGGAGAGGAAGGAAAGGGCCAAGUUGAAAUUAGAGCGAGAGAGGAAAGCAAAAGAAGAGGCCAAGAAACAACGAGAUGCCAUUGAAGCUGCUCAAAGAUCCAGAAGGCUGGAUGCCAUCGAAGCUCAGCUUAAGGCUGAACAGCAAAUGGAAGAGAGUUUACUUUCAGGAAGAGGAAUAGUGUUUUAUAAAAUCUUGGAAGCUGUACCUUUUCAGGGUAGUGGAGAUAAGAUCAAAUUGCCACCAUCCUGUUUCACAGAAUUGUCUAAUCAAGGUGCAUUUGACAAGGGACCGAUGUACUUUCAGUUGUCGCUAGUUCAUCAAGAGGGUUCUUCAAAUACUACGGAUGACGAAAAGGAAAAUAGUAGAACCACUCAUUCAGGUGUUUUGGAAUUCACUGCAGAUGAAGGUUCAGUCGCAAUUCCGCCUCAUGUAUGGAGUAAUUUGUUCCCUGUGGACACUCCAAUGGUUCCCUUGGUUGAGGUUCGUUAUGUUCGACUUCCGAAAGGUACAUAUGCGAAACUUCAACCUGAUGGAAUUGGCUUUUCUGACUUACCAAAUCACAAGGCGAUCCUUGAAACAAGCCUUCGUCAGCAUGCUACCCUCUCUCAAGAUGAUGUUCUUACAGUUAAAUAUGGGGAAUUCACAUAUAGUUUACGAGUUCUUGAGCUGAAACCCUCUUCAAGCAUAUCUGUCUUGGAAACAGAUAUUGAGGUGGAUAUUGUCAACCCUGGCGUUGAAUCAGAGAGGACAGAUCAGUAUGUCCUAAAACAACUUGUGUUUGGGACAACAGAAUCUGGAUCAGUUGAGGAGGGAAAUUACAUGUUUUAUAAGUUCUCUAUUGAUGAUGAUACAUGGGAAAAAAUUGUUUCUGAUGAUGUCAAAAUAGAGGUAAAGAUAGAUGCAGAGACAAAUGGUGGAGAUACUGACCUUUAUGUAUCCAGGCAUCCCCUAAUAUUCCCAAACCGGCACCAACACGAAUGGUCUUCCCAUGAUGUUGGUUCGAAGACUUUGAUCCUCACUUCCAAAGAUAGGAACUUGGGUACUGGUACUUACAGCCUUGCUGUCUAUGGAUUCAAAGGAACAACCAAGUACCAGGUAUCGGUGCAUGUUCAAGAGAACAGCAAGCGUAAGGCGGGACAACAAGUCAUGCAUUCAUCUUCAAUGGAGGUGGAUACAGUUGAGUGUCGAAAUUGCAAGCAUUUUAUACCCAGUAGGAGUAUAGCACUGCAUGAAGCAUACUGUAGUAGACAUAAUGUUGUUUGUCCACAUGCUGGUUGUAGCAUAGUUCUUAGGAUGGAAGAGGCCAAAAAUCAUGUGCAUUGCAACAAAUGUGGGCAAGCUUUUCAAUCAGGAGAGAUGGAAAAGCACAUGAAAGUGUUUCAUGAACCACUUAGGUGCCCUUGUGGAGUAGUCCUUGAGAAGGAAGACAUGGUGCAACACCAAGCCUCGGAUUGCCCCAUGCGCUUAAUCACAUGUCGGUUUUGUGGAGACAUGGUUCAAGCCGGAAGCUCUGCCAUGGAUGUUCGGGACAGAUUAAGAGGACUGUCGGAGCAUGAGAGCAUUUGUGGCUCAAGGACUGCUCCAUGUGAUUCUUGUGGGCGUUCUGUAAUGUUGAAAGACAUGGACAUGCACCAGGUUGCCGUUCACCCGAAGAACUAAUGUCAACUCUACUUCCCGAUUCCGGUAAAGUUCAAAAUUGUUCACUCAAAAAGAAACACACCCCCUCCUGCGGUUGUGCUUGAAUCAAAGAAACUUAUGUGAUUAUUUGUAUUGAUUAUAAUAACAAUGGGGUUUCGUUUGUUUUUGGCUUGUGAGAAAAGGCAAAUAUUAAUCAUGUGAAUGGCAUUCGUUACAUAAUAAGCAUUGCAGAAACUCGGGCAACUUCGCUAAUACAGUUUAUUAGA